CUCAAAAUCAAACCUUAAACAUCAUCCUAUAAAUAAAUAUCACAUCCACCUUGAUCGCAGAUAGUUGUGCAAAAACCAUCAACUGCUGCGUGUCCAAUAAUCAUCGUUGUUUGGAUAGAGAAUUGAAGAUGUGUUUAGUGUUUGUGUGCGAUGAAGAUGAGCGGGUCGUGGGGCAACAACAGGCGCCGGGAUCGUGUCCGUAUUGCGGCGGGUUGAUAAAGGCGAUGGAUGUUGAAAGCCAGUGGAGAUUGUGUUUUCUUCCGUUGUAUUAUAAGACUAAACGCAAGUAUUUUUGUACUCUCUGUACUCGACGGUUAAUUUUACAGUACUAGGUAGUUGUGUUGUGUGUAUUCUCGAUGCUUUGGGUUUUGGGAUUUCUAAGGCUAAGGCUGGUGGGUGUGGAGGAUCUUUUUGGGAUGAUCCGUCACGUAGACGUCACGUCAUCGGGUGCCAGCCCGGGACGAACCCCGCACCCACCAGCAUAGCCUAAAGCCCAAGUGUUAUUGUUUUAUUUUUUGUACUAAUACUUGUGUAUGUGUUGUAUGAAAUUUAAAGGCAUUUUGUAAGUAAA